GGUAUGUGAUGCGCAAUGCACACUUUCAAGGUUAAAUGCAUUUCUAAGUAGCGACACAAUAUUAUGAGAUAAGCGGUAACGUAAAUGAUUUUCUUGCAUUUUAAAAUUAAUCGCGUUAUCCUGAUCGCAUCAACCUGUUUACUGGUGAGUGGGAACACUACUGCGUAAAUAAUAACAGUGUACCACUCGUCAUCUUGACAUGUGACCGGUUUAAAGUUUCACGGUGACUUCCGUGCGCAACAAUAAUAAUUCGCUUCUUACUCUCCUACCAGCUAGUUUCGAGGUUGCGUGUUGUAGGUUAUGUUGUGUUUAUAUCACCGCCCGUACAAACAGAUUCUUAGCCGUUUUUAUACAUUGUGGACAGCCUUCUUAAGACAGUCUUUAAUAUCGUGGUGCGAAAUAUGAGAAAGUGCACGAGCAGCUUGUGCAUCGUAGACCAAUUAGAAUACUAUUUAACGAUACUCUAUUGCUACGCUCCACUGCGCUAAUUCGAUAUACGGGCCAAGGUUUGCACUUUUUAAAUAAUCAUAUCCAACAUAGGUGCAAUAAGACAGUGUAAUGAACGUAGGACUAUCCACAUACGAUGGUUUGGAGAAAGAGACAAGUUCUAAUAAUGCAUUGGAAAGUGGAGGAGGAGCUACAAAGAAGCUGGCUAGAGGUAUAUCUCGAGCAACUGAAAAUGCAGCCAUAGUAUCUUAUGCUCGUUCUCAGUUAGCUACUAUAGGAUCUUUAGAUACUCCAGAAUUUACAUUCUCACUUCCUGACUUAACUGUAUACCCAGAUUCAUUUCGCCAGUUUUUGGAAAAAGAUUUGAUAGAAGGUGGGUGUUUAACUUCUUUGGAAACUGCUGGUCGUUUAAAUUGGUGGUGUGGGGGUAAAAAUGGAAAUAAUAGAGUUUUAUGGCCUUUGGCAACAUCAGGAGAUGGCAAUUGUCUUCUACAUGCAGCUUCUCUUGGCAUGUGGGGCUUUCACGAUAGGCUUCUUACACUAAGAGAAGCACUGCAUAAUACUUUAGCUAAAGGAGAGUAUAAACAUGCUUUAUUUAGAAGGUGGAAAUGGCGUCAAAUGGGUUUAAAUGCAGCAGCAGGAUUGUCUUAUACAGAGGCAGAGUGGUUAACAGAAUGGCAAACUAUUGUAGAUAUGGCUUCUCCUAUUUUCAGGAAUCAAACUGCUACUUCUUAUCAAAGUCUUGAAGAAGUACAUGUAUUAACUUUGGCUCAUGCUUUGAAGAGGCCUAUAAUAGUAAUAGCAGAAACUAUGUUAAAAGAUGCAGAAGGUGUAGCUUUAGCACCAAUUCCAUUUGGUGGAGUAUAUUUACCGCUAGAAGUAUCCCCGUCUCGUUGUCAUAGAACUCCAUUGCUUUUAGCGUAUCACUCGGCUCAUUUUUCCCCUCUUGUUACUGUGGACGGAGCGAGUGAUUUUGGAGAUGGUUGUAAUGAAGGUGUUAGCAUACCCCUUAUAGACCCAGAUACAGGUCAAUUAUUACCGGUUUUAUUCGCGGUAGAUCCAGGACCUGAUUGGGACUGGGAAGAAGGUUCUCGAGACUUGCUAACAUGCCAGCAAGAUACGAUGGAAAUUUUAUUACGACAAUAUUUGGACUGUGAAUAUCAAAAUUUCACAUCAGAAGAAAUCGAUAGAUUAUCCGAUACUGAUGGUUCACUAUCCAAAACAGCAAAACAAUUGCUGGGUGUUGCUAAACAAUUCGGAUCAAUUGGAAAAUCCGUUAGUAAAAGACUGUGGUCUAUAACAAAGAGACCAAAGAGUCUGCCGUCAACGGCAGGCGGACUUUCUACAGAAGGUUUAUUAUGUGUAAGGAUCAGAAGUAGACGACAUCAAUAUGUAGAUCAGAUGCUUCAAAAUUACCUUCAAUGUGCUCACGCAAGGUACCUGCAAGAUCAUAAAGUUGAUGAAACUGGUAGCGAAAUGAAUUAUGGUGCUGGCAAAUCCAAGUUCUAUGCUGCCAGUGAUCGAGAUAGUCAUGCGAGUGUUAGUAAAUUGUUACCGACCAAUCCGAAUAAAGAUCGUACACUUUAUCUUUCGAGAUCUACCUUUUACAAUGACCAACCAUCAUCUCAUAAAUCGGGGCCAGAAUUAUGGAAUAGCAACAAUAGUUUAGGCGCUGCUGUUAAAGGAUGUCGUAACGAAGAAUGCCAAUUUUUCGGUUCAGCGGAAAAUGAUUACUAUUGCUCACAAUGCUGGGCAAAUCGACGUUAUCGUUGAGAAAUUAUUUUCAACGAUAUAUGACAAUAAUAACUCUUCAAUAUUACUCGAAUUAAAAGAAGUAUAAUCGGAUUUAGACAUAACACUAGCCAUUUUAAGGUGUUGCUUAAAAAAAAGUAAUUGUCUCGCCAGACUUUCUUCUUCCUGCUAUGUUAAUCCAUUCUAUUUUAUUUUUAUUUGAAAUUGGGUUGUAUUAUUGACUUUCGACAAUAUUAUUUGUGUCACAGAUUUUGUGACAAUAAAAACGCUUUCUUCCUGAAAAGCAUACGCGCGUAUUGUAGUCGUCAUUCAA